CCACCAAUAAACCACAGAAGAAGCAGUCGCAUAACUUGCAAACUAUUUUUGUCCCUCCUGGCUCUCGUAGUGGCGGUUUACUGACUGGAGGAAAAAAAGCGAACGUCUUUUUCAUCUCCACUCUGCCUCUGGUUCUGUUUGGGUUCGUGUGAAACAGCCCUGCCAUGGAGGAGGUGACUCGCCUGGUGUCGACCGGAGACUGCGUGAAGCUCUGGGAUGCGGUUACCAUGGCACCGCUGGAGCAGUUUAAUCCCCACAACAGCAGCAGCCCGGUGGCUCAGGCGUGCUGGAGCUCCAACAACCAGUACCUGGUGAGCGCCAGCAGCAGUGGAGACAAGCUGGUGGUGUCCAGCCUGAAGCUGAGUCCUGUCCCGGUGGCGGAGCUGGCGGAGGGGAAAAAGCAGACUCGCGUGUGUCUGAGUUCAUCCUUCCAGUUCCUGGUCAGUGGAGGUCUGGAUCACUGCGUCCACAUCUGGGACCUGAAGACCUCGCGACUCCACCGUUCCCUCAAAGACCACAAGGAGGCGGUGACCUGCGUGUCCUUCAAUGCCAGUGACAGUCGCAUCAUCUCAGGUUCCACCAGCGGUGACCUGGUUCUCCAUAGUCUGACCACCAACCUGUCCAGCCAAGCCUUCGGCCACGGCAGGGACCACCCCAUCCACGAUCUCCGGCUGUCCACAGUGAAGCGCUCCCUGCUGGGGACCGUGUCCGACAGCGGCUCCGUGGUUCUCUGGGACUCAAACACCCAGAAGGAGCUGCAUGUGUUUGACGGGGCUCACAAAGCUCCAGCCUCUGGCGUGGCCUUCUCCCCCACCAGUGACCUGCUGGUGGUCAGCGUGGGUCUGGACAAGAAGAUCGUCUGCUACGACACGGCCAGCAGGAUAGUCCUGCGCUACAUCCGCACAGAGAGUCCUUUGACAUCAGUGGAGUUCACUCCGGACGGUACCGGUCUGGUGGUGGGCUCCACACAGGGGAAGAUCUAUCAGUACGACCUGAGGAACUCCAGCGCCCCCGUGAGGAUCACCGUGGCUCACAAAACCUCCGUGACCUGCCUGCGCUUUCAGAGCAGCACCAGCAGAAGCAAGUCCAGCAAACAGGGAUCAACCAAGAUCUCCUCCAAGAGAUCCAGCACCUCGGUGUCCAGCAGCGGUCAGCCGGAUUCGGUCCCCAGCAGAGGCCCCGCCCCCCACAGACAGGCUACCAGCACAGGAGAGGGUGCAGGUGUGGAGACGCCAUGUCCAGAACCCAGUCAGAAAAUCAUGGAUCCUCCUGCUGGUGCAGAGAAGUUCAGCACUGUUGGAAGGAACAGUCUGGACAUGUUCUCUCCUCUCCGUGAAGUUACUAGUUUGGAGGUGCUGUCCAGAGAAGGGGGAGAUCAGCAGACUACCGGCCGCGGCAGUCUGGACAUUUUUUCUCCAGUCAGAGAAGACCCUCUUUCAAGCUCGCAGCGCAGAACUCCACUGGGAACCCAAAUACCCUCCGGGGGGCGCCAUUACAGCCCUCUGUCCGUCUUCCAGUCACCGCUGCCAAUCAAAGAAGAGGAGCCGAUCAGCUCCGCAGGCGCAGAAGCCGGUGACUACAGGAAGUCUGAAGCUAGCUGCUCCAGCCUGGAGGGAGAGGGAGCUGGGACUCUCCCCACAUCCCAGCAGACCAACCACAUUCAGCCAACCACAGCCUUCUUUACUCCAGAGCCCAGUCUCCAGAGAGCCAAUGGCAUUCAAACACAGCUGAGCUGCGAUUCCCCUCUCUACAAAAGCCCUCCCUCUGCAGCAGGUCCGGUUCCUGCCGCAGCCUUUUCCUCCUCGCCGUCGCAGAGCCUUGCAGAAGUGGUUGAACAGGGCGGGGCUGCUCCCCUGUCCUCUCUGCAGUUUAAAUUAAUCCAGAACAUGAUCAAUGAAACUGUGGAAGAGUGCAGAGACGCCUGUCAUAAGGACAUUAUCAACCUACAAAUAGAAAUGAUCCGGCAGUUCUACAUCAUGCUGGUGGAGAUCCAAGGGCUGAUGGAGAAAUACUCUGUCAACGAGUCUCUGGUGGAAGAGAUUGAGAGGCUGCGAGAAGAGAACCGUCGGCUUAGGACGAACUACUGAAGGAAGGCCCACAAACUGUUAUCGCUCUGAGUGCACUCAGCAUGUUGGAUGAAAUUAUAUUGUAUUCAAUUUAAAAAAUUAAUGAAUAAAAUGGGUGUUUUUCAUUCA